AUGCCUAACUGCUUUGCUAUUGACUCAAUAGACAGGCUGCUGAAGGAGCUCAUGAACAACGUCAGCCCAUUCACACUAUUGUAUUUGGCUGUGAUUUUAGGCCAUCGUCCCACAUGUUGCCCUGGCCAGUUGGUGAAGAAAUCCAAUGCCUGGAACAAUGUUGUCAAAUGCCAACUUACUCUCUACAUGUGCAGUCUGGAGGGUGAAUCUGAAUUUGCUUCAUACCUUCUGACUGUUGGCAAUGGUACAGCAGAGGAGAUCCCAGCUUUUGGAGAAGACGUGAUCAUGGUCCCAGACUCAUGGAUGGUUAAUGAGGACACAGUCACUACUGUCUAUCGGACUAACUUUAGCAAAGCUGCUUUAAGUAUGGCAGCUUUAUGCAGGCAAGUUCAUUCUGUGUCCCAAGAACCAGCACUGCGACUACAUCAAUCAGGUGACACUGGACAGAAUGGAAGGGUAUUUCCUAAGCAUUACCAGCACAUCCUGGCCUUGGCAUUUGCAGUAAAGGAAAUCAAUGAAAACCCAGAGAUCUUACCCAAUGUCACCUUGGGCUUCCACAUCUAUGACAGCUAUGACAAUGCAAGGAAGACCUAUCAUGCCACAAUGCUACUGUUGACUAUGCUGGAAAAUGUUGUACCUAAUUAUGUAUGUGAUGUACGGAAUACAUUAACAGCAGUUAUUGGGGGACUGGAUUCUGAAAUCUCCCUGUACGUGGCAAAUAUCUUGGAUACGUAUAAGACUCCACAGCUCAUCUACGGCCCUGCUCCCAUGAUGAACACUAAAACGCCAGGCCUUCCCUUCUACCAGAUGGCUCCUCAGGAAGCUCUUCAGUAUGAGGGGAUUCUCUCUUUGCUUCUCCAUUUCAGGUGGACAUGGAUAGGGAUUGUUGUUAUGAAUAAUGAUAAUGGAGAAAGAUUUCUACAAGUGGUCACUCCACUGUUUUCUAAGAGGAGUGUCUGUUUUGCCUUCAUAGAAAGAGUCCCCAAAUUAAGCUUUGACACUAAAAUUAAUGAUGCAUUUGUAAAGGGGGCACAAAUACGUGAUAAUGUGAUGGGCAGCAAAGCCAAUGUAAUAGUGGCUUAUGCAGAAUCUCAUUCCAUGUCAUUUUUUCAAUGGCUUCCAUAUCUCUCAGAAAAAGAGGACAUUGCAAAGGAAGCUAAAGGGAAAGUAUGGAUAAUAACAUUCCAGAUGGAUUUUACUUCAACUGUCCUUCAAAGGAAUUGGGAUACAGAAAUAUUCCAUGGCACUGUAUCUUUCAGAAUCCACUCGAGUGACCUACCUGGAUUUAAGCAAUUUCUUGAGAGCAGAAACCCUUCUAACACCAAAGAAGAUAGAUUUAUCAGGGAUUUCUGGCAACAGGCCUUUGGCUGUGUAUUCCAAGAUAGCAUUGUGGGGGAAGUGAAUGGAGACAUUUGCACAGGGCAGGAGAAGCUGGAGAGCCUUCCUGGAUCUUUCUUUGAAAUGAGCACAAUCGGACACAGCUACAGCAUCUACAAUGCUGUCCAUGUGGUGGCCCAUGCGCUACAUCAUGCCAUGUCGUCUCCUGGAGCUGCACAUUGUGCAGUAAUGGAUGGAGGGGAACCAAAACCUCUGAAUCUACAGUUUGGGCAGUCCCGGCCUCUUUCUCAGUGUACUGUGAGUUGCCAACCUGGUUCUCACAAGAAAAUCAAGGAGGGUGAACCCUUUUGCUGCUAUGAUUGCAUCCCAUGUCCAGAAGGGAAGAUUUCAAACCAGGAGGAUGCAAAUGACUGUGUGAAAUGCUCAGCCAAAGACUAUCCAAGCAAAAAGCAAGACUUCUGCAUUUUGAAGAGAAUAACUUUCUUGUCUUAUAGAGAACCUUUGGGGUUUAGUUUAGCCUUAUUUGCUAUUACCUUUUCUUUUACAACAGCUCUGGUGCUGGGGACAUUUAUGAAACACCACGAUACUCCCAUAGUCAUAGCCAAUAACCGGAACCUCACCUACACUCUCCUCAUCUCCCUCCUGCUCUGUUUCCUUUGUGCAUUGCUAUUCAUUGGUCGUCCUCAGAAGGUGACAUGUCUCCUCCGCCAAACAGCCUUUGGCCUCAUCUUCUCAGUGGCUAUUUCAUGUGUGCUGGCAAAAACCAUCAUGGUAGUUCUGGCUUUCAUGGCCACCAGGCCUGGAUCCAGGAUCAGGAAGUGGUUGGGGAAGGAGCUGGCCAGCUCCAUUGUGGUUUCCUUCUCCCUCAACCAAGUAGGCAUCUGUACUGGGUGGCUGGCAACCUCUGCCCCAUUCCUAGAUGAGGACAUGCACUCAGGGACUGAAGAAAUUGUACUGGAAUGUAAUGACGGUGCCGUGGCUCUGUUUUACUGUGUCCUGGGCUACAUGGGCUUCCUGGCAAUGUUGAGCUUGACAGUAGCUUUCCUUGCCAGGAAGUUACCAGACAGUUUCAACGAAGCCAAGUUUAUCACUUUCAGCAUGUUGGUCUUUUGCAGUGUGUGGUUAUCCUUUGUUCCCACUUAUCUGAGCACCAAGGGAAAAUACAUGGUAGCCGUGGAGAUCUUUUCUAUCAUAGCCUCAAGUGCUGGGUUGCUGGGUUGUAUCUAUUUGCCCAAAUGUUUCAUCAUUAUGUUGAGGCCUGAGCUGAACAACAGGGAACAGCUAAUCAGAAAGAUAUCCUGA